AUGGACAUCGAUGAGAGACCACAUAAGAAGAGGAGAUUCUUCGCAGAAGCAUCAUCGCCUACCAACGCCUCCCUUACAGCAGAAACGAGUCGGCCCGACGAGAGAGAUGCGUUGCCAGCAGAGCCAGAACAUAGACCAAAUGGAGCGGCGAACCAGGAGAAUGUCUUCGACGCGGAUACCUUUGCGAGCAUAGUCGGUGGACAUGUGUCGCAAGCUGCGAUACGGAGCCUACAAGAUGCACACGGCAACAAUCUCGAGCGGGCCAUCAACGCUUACUUUGAUGGCUCGUGGAAGGCGACGCUCGCUUCGCCACGGAAAAAGUCUGUCGACACAAAGCAACGUCGCCUCGAUAUGAAUCGAGGAGAGAGCUCUUCCAAGGCAUCAGCUUCCAAUGUAACGAGCCCGCCACGAACACAGCCAGCACUCGAGUCCAUGCCAGAGAUGCGAUAUGUCGGUGCACUGGGCGUAGCUGGUUGGACAACGACGAGUGGCAGUAAUGUCAUAAAAGGAGGAGAUACCGUCAAGAUUCAGCGAGACCGGCAAAAGGCACUGCAGCCUGGGAAACUGGGAAGAGGCAGGAACCCGAUCAGGAAGACGCAGGAUGUCAUCGUUCGCUUCACAAACCCGAAAGGCUCGGAGAUUGGGCGGCUAGAGAAGGAUGCUGCCAUGUGGAUCGGUGCAUUGAUGGACCAGAAAGUGUGUCACUUUGAAGGACACUGUAUCUACGCGCCAGACCGGAUCCGGACCAACGAGACCAUAUAUUUGCAGCUCAAAUGCUUUUUGUUGCGUCCUGUCUUUGGCGCAGGCAAACUGGUCAAGCCCAGCGACAGCAAUCGCUCGACCAACUUCUUCGAGGCGAAAGAGACUUCGGAGGAACGAGAUCUACGGCUUCGGCAGAUAGGACUGGUGAAGCUUUUCUCAGAGAUCAAUCUGCAGCCCGCUACGACGAACGAGCUCACCGCGAAGCACAAGCGAGAUGGUAUUCUGCAAUCUGCCGAGAUGGCGGAACAAUUCGACCAGCAAGACGAAUCCAAGCGGAAGUCAAGUCAGGAUAAAGAGAAUGGCGGAUCCAGCCCACCUUCCGAGGAGAACGAAGACGGCGAGGAGCUCGAGCAGGAUCAACUUGAUUCACUGUACAAGAAGGCGCAGUCAUUCGACUUCAACACGCCAGAAGCACAGCCGGCAGCGACGUUCACGAUGCAUCUUCGCAAAUACCAAAGGCAAGCUCUUCACUGGAUGCUGCAAAAGGAGACACGAGAGCAGGCAGAGCAGAAACAGCAGAGCAUGCAUCCGCUGUGGGAAGAGUACUCCUGGCCGACCAAAGACGCCGAAGACAAGGAUUUGCCUGAUGUUCAGAACCUCGACAAGUUCUACGUCAACCCAUACAGCGGUGAGCUGAGCUUGGACUUUCCGGUGCAAGAGCAGACGUGUUUGGGUGGCAUUCUGGCAGAUGAGAUGGGUCUCGGCAAGACCAUCGAAAUGCUUUCCCUAAUCCACUCGCACAAGUCACCCGAGCACGAGGGCGUCAUUGGGGAUACUGACUCACAUAUCGACGCAGUCGGUAGUCUGGCAAGACAACCAAUGAAUUCAAGCACCAUCAAGCGAGCGCCAGCCACCACGCUCGUCGUCGCGCCAAUGUCACUCCUGGCACAGUGGGCGAGCGAAGCCGAGAAAGCGUCGAAGGCUGGCACUUUGAAGGUGUUGGUAUACUACGGCAGCGAGAAGGGCGUAAAUCUCCAGACGAUCUGCUCGGGCUCCAACAUCGGCUCAGCUCCCAACGUCAUCAUCACAAGCUAUGGUGUCGUCCUCUCAGAGUUCAACUCGGUAGCUAAUGCGCUUGCCGGCAACCGCGCAGCAUCUGGAGGACUCUUUGGUGUUGAGUACUGGAGGAUCAUACUCGACGAAGCUCACAUGAUCAAGAACAGGUCCUCAAAGACGGCAAAGGCAUGCUAUGAGCUUGCCGCCACACAUCGCUGGGUGUUGACCGGCACACCUAUCGUCAACAGGCUUGAAGACCUUUUCAGUCUUGUACGAUUCCUGCGGGUAGAGCCUUGGAGCAACUUCAGCUUCUGGAAGACGUUCAUCACGGCGCCAUUCGAAAAGGGCGAGUUUGUGCGUGCGCUUGAUGUUGUACAGACUGUACUUGAGCCGUUGGUACUUCGUCGAACCAAAGACAUGAAAACACCAGACGGCGAAGCGCUUGUACCUUUGCCGCCGAAGACAAUCAACGUCGAGAAGGUCAAGCUCUCGGGUCUGGAGGAUGAUGUCUACCAGCACAUUUUCCAUCGAGCGAAGAGGACCUUCGCAGAGAACGUCUCGGCUGGCACGCUGAUGAAGAGCUACACCACAAUCUUUGCUCAGAUCUUGAGGCUGCGACAGAGUUGUUGCCAUCCAAUAUUGACUCGCAAUAAGUCAAUAGUAGCCGACGAAGACGAUGCUGCCGCAGCAGCAGACAUCGCGAACGGUCUUGCCGACGACAUGGAUCUUGGUGCUCUGAUCGAGCGCUUCGAGGCCGACGAAGGCGAGCAAGAUGCUAGCAAGUAUGGAGCACAUGUCCUGAAGCAGAUACAAGACGAGUCCGAGAUGGAAUGCCCGAUUUGCAGCGAAGAGCCAAUGGAAGAGCAAGCUGUGACAGGAUGCUGGCAUUCGGCUUGCAAGAAAUGCCUACUCGACUACAUCGAACAUCAGAGUGCUAAAGGCGAGCUACCCAGAUGUUUCAACUGUCGGGAGCCGAUCAAUGCUCGUGAUGUGUUUGAGGUCAUCAAACAUGAAGAUGAUGACUAUGUUGAGGCCGACGAGAGCGAUGCGUUGAACGCUGCGAUAGGUGAUGGGGAGGAGGACGAUCUUUACGGAUGCACACAAGACGACAACCAAAAAAUCGCACCUACCAAACCGACAGUUCGCAUCUCACUGCGCAGAGUCAACCAGCUCUCCUCAGCAAAGAUCAACACCUUACUCACCCAACUAAAAAGACUCCGCAAAGCAGAACCAACCACCAAAUCCGUCGUCUUCAGCCAAUUCACCUCCUUCCUCGACCUCCUCGCGCCCGCUCUAACCGCCGCCGGAAUCUCCCACCUACGCUUCGACGGCAGCAUGGCCCAAAAAGAACGCGCCAAAGUCCUAGCCGACUUCGCCUCCCGACCAAAAUUCACAAUCCUCCUCCUAUCGCUCCGCGCCGGCGGCGUCGGUCUGAACUUGACGUGCGCGAAACGAGUCUUCAUGAUGGAUCCGUGGUGGAGUUUUGCGGUCGAAGCGCAAGCGAUUGAUCGUGUGCAUCGGAUGGGGCAGACGGAGGAGGUGAGCGUUACGAGGUUUAUUGUGGAGGGGAGUAUUGAGGAGAAGAUGUUGAAGGUGCAGGAGAGGAAGAAGUUUAUUGCGAGUUCGCUUGGGAUGAUGAGUGAGGAGGAGAAGAAGACGCAAAGGAUUGAGGAUAUCAAGGAAUUGCUGAGCUAG